ACCAUGUUGAUCAGGCUGGUCUUGAACUCUUGAUCUCAUGGUCCACCUGCUUUGGCCUCCCAAAGUGCUGGGAUUACAGGCGUGAGCCACCGCGCCCAGCCAAUGUUUGUUUGUUUUUGAGACAGAGUAUUGCUCUGUUGCCCAGGCUGGAGUACAGUGGCACAAUCUCUGCUCACUGCAACCUCUGCCUCCUGGGUUCAAAUGAUUCUCAUGCCUCAGGCUCCCCAAGUAGCUGGGAUUACAGGCACGCGCCACCACGUCCGGCUAAUUUUUGUAUUUUAGUAGAGACGGGGUUUUACUAUGUUGGCCAGGCUGCUCUCGAACUCCUGACCUCUAGUGAUCCUCCAGCCUCAGCCCCUAAAGUGCUGGGAUUACAGGCAUGAGCUGACAUGCCCAGCCCAUUCAUGAAUUCUCACUGGUCUCUAUGGCAGGCAGUUUUCUGGGGGCUGGAGAUCCAGCAGUGGGAAAAGCAAGGUGGCCACCUUGAAGCUCACGGAGGGAAAGGAGAUACAGGCAGAUACAGGAAACCGAAAGUGCAAGGGCCCAAGAAGGGACUGCCAGGCAUCGCGCCUGAGGAUCAGCGAGGAGGCCUGUGUGGCUGGGGUGGGGAGAGCAAGCGUGGUACACCACGAGGGUGCCGGCAGGAUCCAGAGCUAAGACAGAAGCCACAAGAGGGCUCCGAGCAGAGGAGGGAUGUGAUCUGACUCAGGCAUUAACAGGGUGUUGGGGUGCAGACAGUGGGGGGUGAAGGUGGAAGCCAGGGACCCAGUGAGGAGUUGACUACAGUGCUCCAGGCAGGAAGUGUCUGUGGCUGCAGCAGGAUGCUGUCAGUGGAGGAGCCAAGACAAUGCAAACUCCAGUGACCAUUCCCGUGCCUGUGCUCCGGCUGCCCCGGGGCCCUGAUGGCUUCAGCCGUGGCUUUGCCCCUGAUGGACGCAGAGCCCCGUUGAGGCCAGAGGUUCCUGAAAUCCAGGAGUGUCCCAUAGCUCAAGAAUCCCUGGAAUCCCAGGAGCAGCGGGCACGAGCCGCCCUUCGGGAGCGUUACCUCCGCAGCCUGCUGGCCAUGGUGGGUCAUCAGGUGAGCUUCACGUUGCACGAGGGUGUGCGUGUGGCCGCCCACUUUGGAGCCACCGACCUGGAUGUGGCCAACUUCUACGUGUCACAGCUGCAGACUCCCAUAGGUGUGCAAGCAGAGGCGCUGCUCCGAUGUAGUGACAUUAUUUCAUAUACCUUCAAGCCGUAAAGAUAUUGUGUUCACUUUUCUGCUUGAGGCUAAGCCACUGUAUCCCAGGCCUCCCAAUGUUCCCGAGCCAGGAACUCUGGGCCCCAUGGAGUUAUGAGCUCCCUUGGAAUUUUGAGCCAAGCUUUAAGCAAGUCUGGACUCCUGAGACUUCCUGGGUCCAGUCAGUAAAAUUCUGCAACUCUAGCAAUUCUAAGAUCCCAUUGGAAGGAAUGCUCUACCUCACAGAACUCUGAACCCUACAGAAAUAUGGGCCUGCUGCCAUUUCCUGAAGACCGGGGCAUCGGGGUGGGGUGAUAAAGGAGACAACCUGCACAGGGGGAAGUUAUUAAAGAGGCUGCAAAGUUCAGCCAUCCUGAAGAUACUCCCCAGUGCUCCCCUCCUGCUAAAGAACCAGUUACCCCAGGAAAA